GCGGCGGCGGCGGCGGUAGAGGAGCUGCUCGCGCUCGUGCCCGCGCCCGUGUCUCUGUGGAGCUGCCCGGGCCGCCCCCCUGCCCGCCGCCUUGGCUCCCCGAGGGCCGAUGCGGGUCGCGGGGCUGAGGGGAGCGACGUAGCUGUCGCCCGCGCGGCCACCUGGGCUGGGCCUGGCGCGACCCCGGCCCCGACCCCGCCCGGCGCGAGGCGGCCGGACGGCAGUCCUGCUGCGGGGCCAUGGCCGAGCGCGGGUGCCCGCUGGAGGCGGUGCCGCUGCCCGCUGAGGUGCGGGAGAGCCUGGCCGAGCUGGAGCUGGAGCUGUCGGAAGGUGACAUCACUCAAAAAGGAUAUGAAAAGAAACGGGCAAAGCUGCUUGCACGCUGCGUACCCCUCAUUCAAGGAGUAGACCCCUCCCUGCAAGUGGAGAAUAGCAUCCUUGGGCCCGCACAAGCCUCAGCCCCCGCACCCAAGCAGCCCAAGCCGCGGCCCAGCAACGCCCGGGACGAGCGCUUCCGGUCAGAUGUUCACACCGAGGCCGUGCAGGCAGCUUUGGCCAAAUACAAAGAGAGGAAGAUGCCCAUGCCAUCCAAGAGGCGCUCUGUCCUCACGCACGCGUCUGUGGAGGCCUACACACCCCCAGACACGUCAUCUGCCUCAGAAGAUGAGGGCUCUUUACAGCGCCCCGGGCGACUGGCCUCCGCUCCGCUGCAGAGCCGCCCCAGCGUCGAGCCCUGGCCCGACCCGGCCAUUCAGGGCUCGUCCACCUCAUCCUCCGCAUCUUCCACCUCAUCUCACCCAGGAGGGCAGCCUGCCGCCACGCCCAGUGCUGCCGCUGCGCUUGCCGGCCCCGCGGCCCUCGCCCGCGUAGCAGAUCUGCCCUCUGCCCCUCCUGAUGUCACCACGGGCCUCGUGCAGCAUCAGCACGCAUACUGUGAGCGUCCGCAGAUGGCCUCCGUGAGAGGAGUCCCUCGGGGGUGCCGCGGGAGUGUCCUAGAGACGGCAGGUGGUGUCCCCGUGAACAGCAGAGUGUCCUCCAAGAUCCAGCAGCUUCUGAACACCCUGAAGAGGCCAAAGCGCCCUCCCCUGAAGGAGUUCUUCGUGGAUGAUUUCGAGGAGCUUUUGGAAGUGCAGCAGCCAGAUCCGAACCAGCCGAAGCCCGAGGGCAGCCAAAUGGUGGUGCUGCGAGGGGAGCCCCUGGCCGAGGGCUCCUGGCCGCCCUCGCUGCUGGCCGCCUUGCAGCAGUGGGGUACCACACAGCCCAGAGCCCCGUGCCUGACUGCCCUGGACACCGCCGGGAAGGCCGUCUACACCCUCACCUAUGGCAAACUUUGGAGUCGAAGUUUAAAACUAGCUUAUACGCUACUUAAUAAACUGACUAAUAAGAACGAACCACUGCUUAAACCUGGAGACAGAGUGGCGCUGGUGUUCCCGAAUAGUGACCCGGUGAUGUUCAUGGUUGCGUUCUACGGGUGUCUCCUGGCCGAGCUGGUUCCUGUCCCCAUCGAAGUGCCGCUCACGAGAAAGGAUGCUGGCAGCCAGCAGGUUGGGUUUCUGCUGGGCAGCUGUGGCGUCUCCCUGGCCCUGACCACGGAUGCUUGUCAGAAAGGCCUGCCCAAGGCUCAGACCGGAGAGGUGGUGACCUUCAAAGGCUGGCCCCCCCUCACCUGGCUGGUGAUCGAUGGGAAGCACCUGACCAAGCCCCCCAAGGACUGGCACCCGGCAAUGCAGGAUGCGGGGCCCCAGACCGCCUACAUCGAGUAUAAAACCAGCAAGGAGGGAAGUACGGUGGGAGUGGCGGUGUCCCAUGUGUCCCUGCUGGCGCAAUGCCAGGCUCUGACCCAGGCGUGUGGCUACUCGGAAGCUGAAACAUUAACAAAUGUGCUGGAUUUCAAAAGGGAUGCCGGCCUGUGGCAUGGAGUGUUAACAAGCAUCUUGAACAGGCUACAUGUGGUCAGCAUCCCAUAUGCGCUGAUGAAGGCGAACCCACUCUCCUGGAUUCAGAAAGUGUGCGUGUAUAAAGCCCAAGCUGCACUGGUGAAGUCCCGUGACAUGCAUUGGUCUCUCUUGGCUCAGCGAGGUCAGAGGGACGUCAGCCUCAGCUCCCUGCGCCUGCUGAUCGUGGCUGAUGGUGCAAACCCCUGGUCCAUAUCCUCCUGUGAUGCGUUCCUCAACGUCUUCCAGGCCAAAGGGCUGAGGCCAGAGGUUAUCUGCCCCUGUGCCAGCUCUCCAGAGGCGCUCACCGUGGCCAUCCGCAGGCCUCCUGACCUGGGGGGCCCUCCUCCAAGAAGAGCUGUGCUGUCCAUGAGUGGCCUCAGUCACGGGGUGAUCAGAGUGGACGCCGAGGAGAAGCUGUCGGUCCUCACAGUUCAGGACGUCGGCCAGGUGAUGCCUGGAGCCAACGUGUGUGUUGUGAAGGUGGAGGGCACCCCUCAUCUCUGCAAAACUGAUGAAGUUGGAGAGAUCUGUGUGGACUCCAGUGCAACGGCGACAGCGUACUAUGGGCUGCUUGGGAUCACCAAAAACGUCUUUGAGACUGUCCCGGUCACCGCUGGGGGAGCACCUGUCUCCGACCGACCUUUCACCAGGACGGGGCUUCUGGGCUUCAUCGGGCCUGAUGACCUGGUCUUCGUCGUGGGCAAGCUGGACGGGCUGAUGGUGGUGGGAUUUCGCAGACACAACGCGGAUGACGUGGUGGCCACUGCGCUGGCUGUGGAGCCCAUGAAGUUUGUCUACAGAGGCAGGAUCGCAGUGUUCUCCGUGACAGUCCUCCAUGACGACCGGAUCGUGCUGGUGGCGGAGCAGCGGCCUGAUGCCUCUGAGGAGGACAGCUUCCAGUGGAUGAGCCGCGUGCUGCAGGCCAUCGACAGCAUCCACCAGGUGGGCGUGUACUGCCUGGCCCUGGUUCCUGCCAACACCCUGCCCAAGGCUCCUCUUGGUGGGAUUCACGUUUCUGAGGCCAAGCAGCGCUUCCUGGAGGGGAUGCUGCACCCGUGCAACGUGCUGAUGUGCCCUCAUGCAUGUGUUACCAACCUCCCCAAGCCUCGGCAGAAGCAGCCAGAGGUUGGGCCUGCCUCCAUGAUCGUUGGGAACCUGGUCGCCGGGAAGAGAAUCGCUCAGGCCUCAGGGAGGGAACUGUCGCACCUGGAGGACAGCGAGCAGGCAAGGAAGUUCCUGUUCCUGCCCGAUGUGCUGCAGUGGCGGGCCCACACCACCCCCGAACACCCGCUGUUCCUGCUGCUCAACGCCAAGGGCACAGUCACCAGCACCGCAACCUGCGUCCAGCUCCACAAAAAGGCCGAGCGAGUGGCCGCUGCUCUGAUGGAGAAGGCGAGGCUGAGCUCCGGGGCCCAUGUGGCCCUGGUCUACCCUCCAGGGGUGGACCUCAUUGCCGCCUUUUAUGGCUGCCUGUACUGCGGCUGCGUGCCCGUCACCGUGCGGCCCCCACACCCCCAGAACCUUGCCACCACACUUCCUACUGUCAAGAUGAUUGUGGAGGUCAGCAAGUCUGCGUGCGUGCUCACCACACAGGCCAUCAUGCGGCUGCUCAGGUCCAAAGAAGCAGCAGCCACCGUGGACGCCAGGACCUGGCCGACCAUUCUGGACACAGAUGACAUACCCAAGAAGAAGGUGGCCAGCAUCUUCAGGCCCCCGUCCCCAGAUGUGCUUGCGUACUUGGACUUCAGCGUGUCAACAACAGGGAUCCUGGCAGGUGUGAAGAUGUCGCAUGCGGCCACCAGCGCUCUGUGCCGCUCCAUCAAGCUGCAGUGUGAGCUGUACCCCUCCAGGCAGAUCGCCAUCUGCCUCGACCCUUACUGUGGCCUCGGCUUUGCCCUGUGGUGUCUGUGCAGCGUCUACUCUGGACACCAGUCCGUGCUGGUGCCCCCGCCGGAGCUGGAGACCAACGUGUCCCUGUGGCUAUGGGCUGUCAGCCAGUACAAGGCGCGCGUCACCUUCUGCUCCUACUCAGUGAUGGAGAUGUGUGCCCGGGGCCUGGGUGCGCAGACGGCGGCGCUCAGAAUGAAGGGCGUGAACCUGUCGUGUGUGCGCACCUGCAUGGUGGUAGCUGAGGAGCGGCCCAGAAUCGCGCUCACACAGUCCUUCUCCAAGCUGUUCAGAGAUCUGGGCCUGCCCGCGCGCGCCGUGAGCACCACGUUCGGCUGCAGGGUCAACGUGGCCAUCUGCCUCCAGGGCACGGCCGGCCCAGACCCCACAACUGUCUAUGUGGACAUGAGGGCACUGCGCCAUGACAGGGUACGUCUGGUGGAACGGGGCUCUCCGCACAGUCUGCCAUUGACUGAGUCCGGAAAGAUUCUCCCUGGAGUGAAGGUCAUCAUCGCCCACACAGAGACCAGAGGGCCCCUGGGAGACUCGCACCUGGGGGAGAUCUGGGUGAGCAGCCCCCACAAUGCCACCGGGUACUACACAGUCUACGGGGAAGAGGGGCUCCAUGCUGACCACUUCAGUGCCCGGCUGAGUUUUGGAGACACCCAGACUGUUUGGGCGAGGACUGGCUUCCUGGGCUUCCUUCGAAGGACAGAGCUCACCGAUGCCAGCGGAGAGCGACAUGACGCGCUGUAUGUGGUGGGAUCUCUGGACGAGACGCUGGAGCUGAGGGGCAUGCGCUACCACCCCAUCGACAUCGAGACAUCCGUGAUCCGUGCGCACAGGAGCAUCGCCGAAUGCGCCGUGUUCACCUGGACCAACCUGCUGGUGGUGGUGGUGGAGCUGGACGGGCUGGAGCAGGACGCACUGGACCUAGUGGCCCUGGUGACGAAUGUGGUGCUGGAGGAGCACCACCUGGUGGUGGGUGUGGUGGUCAUCGUGGACCCGGGUGUCAUCCCCAUCAACUCCCGUGGGGAGAAGCAGCGCAUGCACCUGCGCGAUGGCUUCCUAGCUGACCAGCUGGACCCCAUCUACGUGGCCUACAACAUGUGAGCCCGCUCAGCCCCGACCAGCUGGACUCCACCUGUGUGGCCUACAACACGUGAUCCCACUCAGCCCCAGCCCAAGAGGGGCCUCACGAGCCGUUGCAAGGGCUGGGGUGCGUCUGCAGCCCCUGGGGAGAGGAUCCCAGGCUCCUGAGCACAGGGCCCCACCCAUGUGCUUACAUACCCAUCUCAUUCUAGAAACCACUUCCUGAAUUCCUCAAAACCUUUUAAUCGUCUGGAACAUUUGCAGAAACAUGAAUGUCAGCAUUGCAACAGAUGGUGUGGCUGGGGAAGAAGCCUGGUACAGGCACUGCAGUUGCUGUAGGUGCAGUCCUCUGCUGUGUUAUGAGUUUGCACUUUUUUUAGGCUAAAAAUACAGUUCUCGAUUUAAAAAAUUCAACUCUUUGUACCAUUUCAGAUGUCAGGGUCAUACUUAGAAUUUAUGCCAGAAGGAAUUUGAGGCCCAGGGACAGCUGCUUCAGUUGUGAUUCACAGGGAAGAGCAAAAUAAAGAUAGGCUGGUGGGCAGGGCAUGAUCCUGACCUGGCCUCCUCUUCCCCACCCGCGACCUGCUCUGGGCCCCAGACCAGGCUCAUGCACACACACUUCCUCUCUGAACAUAGGUAUGCCGGCUGCCUGCCUGUGUCAUCUCUAACCCUCGAUGGGGUCCAUCAGUUGAACAGCUGUUUCAGAAAGAUAAAGGAACGCUGAGUUUUAAACCUCUGAGUUUCUGACUUCUUGCUAUUCAGCUGAAGUUCUGGUUUUCAUGACCACAGUAUAGGAUCUUCUCACUGUCCAAAAAGUGUACGGAGUUACUGUUUUUAUUCCACAUCAGCAGAUGUGGACUCACCGGUGGGCUGAGGUUUACACGUGCGGUGGUACAGCCCAGGGCCCGGGAGAACUUGGCCGGCCACUGUCGCAUCUUGAGUUGUGUGCCUGUAAAAUUUGGCCAAAUCAUGUUCACUUAUUUUAUUCGAACUCGACUAAACUGAGUGAUAUAAUAUUAUAGUAAAUAUAAAUCAGAGAACAUGAAAUCCUUUAGAUACUUCUAAGAAUUUGAAGUGAAGCUCGAAUCUAAGACAGAGUAUUUUUGUAUCACUAAUAAAAAUUGUGUUACGAGUUGUCAGGGACUGUGGGUCAGAAAGUUUACGAAUCACAUGCUUCCUAGAAACAGCCAGGUUUUUCUGGAAUUAGCCUGAAUCAGUGCCUAACAGUUGUUAAUUCUUUACCAUUUAAAAUUCUCCACCAAAAAGGCCUGGCUGACUGGGCUGACUCUCACGUCUAACUCUCGGCUACAAGUAGCUUGUGCUCAGUAGCUCUUGGUGUGCAGUGUGGUAUGUAAGAACAUACUGGAAUUGAACACUCCUUGUGUAAUUAUGUAUAUAACAUGUGUAACUUAUUGUUUGACAUACAGAGGUUCUAGCAGUGGACUAAUGGAUAUUCCUCAUAACAUAAUGGCCUGUAGGAGAGGAACCACCCAGCCCUUUAUGUUGUCAUUUUAUAGCAACAGGCAUUGUAAAAUUUUUGUAUUGAAAGGUAAGUGGCAGUAAGACACAUCUUGUAAAUUAAGAUUUUAAGAAGCAUUAAAAUGUUUUAAAAUUACUCUCUGGGAAUUCUGUAUGUCAGAGAAAAUUUUUAUAUCAUUAUGUUAAUAAAAGUUAUGGACUAUUUGUAAUUCUGCCAUUUGAAAUGUGUGAAAAGGUUUUUAAAAUUACCCCAAAUAGCAGGUAUUUUAUUAUGCAUUUUUCUUUGCUGAAUAUAGAAGCAUUUAUGCUGCAGCAUAAAAUCUACGAAGCACAUGAAGUAUAAAGAAUAAAAUUUAAAUCUCCCAUAAUCCUACCUCUCGUUUAAUGGCAGUGUGUUAGUAUUUGAUGUAAAUUCUUUCCAGGUUUAGUUUUUUUCUUUAAAAACACUUUUACAAAAUUAGGUCAGUCAUAUACUUUUAUAGUCAGCUUUUGUACUUAAUAAAUUAGACUUUUAAUCUGUUCCAUAUAUUCUUCUGCAUGUUUUAACAACUGUGUCACACAGCAGGUGGGGGCAGCUUGUGCUCACAGGCUCUGUCAGCAUCCUCUCAGCCCCGCUACCAUGAGCCUCCUCACGGGAGCACGUUCAUACACAUGGCCUGCCUGGGGCUCAGCUCUGCUGGGGCUCAGCUUGGGCACUGCAUCCUCGGAAGGGCACAGGGCAGAGUGGAGAGGCUGUUCCUGGAAACCUCAGAGCACUGGCAAUAAAAAAUGAGUCCCUGUCAGUCAAAUAA